UUCGUGACUCAGUCUAGUCCGCUCUCUCUGUAAAUAAGUGGUGAGAUGAUACGACCAUCUAUCGUUUUAACAGCGACAAUUAGCUUGCGAAAUUAUUUCAAACGAUAGCUGAUAAUCCAGUGCACGUGUGCUCGACGUUCAAUUACGAUAUGUGAUGUACUUUGUAGAACGGACCUGGGUGAUAGCGCAUACUUUGUCACUCGUCUUCGCACGUUCGAGCAUUAUCGGAGAUCCUUGACUGGCGGUAGUUUGCAAUAUACAUUUAAUAUUGUACUACGCGGUAUCCUGGCAAUAGCACAAAUCGUGUUUAACAAGCAGUAAAGUGAUAUGAGUUUUGUUCUUAUUCAUUAAGCUGGAUAAGUUUGUGUAAAUAAACAGGUGCUACAAACUUAAGUAGUAUCUCUAUUUCACAUAAAAAGCAUAAGAACUUGCAACAAUUAUCAAGAUCCUCGCUGAAGAGACUGGUAUCGACUCAUCCUCUAAUAUUACUACACAAGGUGAAUUCUUAGAUUAUUGGUGAAAACGAAUACAAAAAAGUAUUUAAAGUUUGCUGCGAAACUUGAACGUUAUUUGUAAAAUAUGGAUUCCGAUAGCUUCAAGGAUUGCGCUAAAGAGGUGGCGGAAUAUAUCACAAAUUACAUGGAAAAUAUUAAAGACAGGAGAGUCUUGCCUAAGGUGAAGCCAGGAUACAUGAGACCCCUCGUGCCAUCCGAAGCACCCCAAACUCCUGAACAAUGGAAAGAUGUAAUGGCCGAUAUCGAAAGAGUAAUAAUGCCAGGCGUUACUCAUUGGCAGAGUCCAAAAUUCAAUGCAUUCUUUCCCGCUGGUCAUUCGUAUCCCUCGAUUCUAGCCGAUAUGUUAAGCGCAGGUAUUGGGUGUAUUGGGUUCUCGUGGUUCGUGAGUCCAGCUUGUACUGAACUAGAAGUGAUCGUACUGGACUGGCUGGUAAAAAUGUUGGCCCUGCCCAAAGAAUUUCUUUCCUGCACCGUUGGAAAAGGCGGUGGCGUCAUUCUAAGCAGCGCUUGCGAAGGGACUUUGGUAACGUUACUAGGUGCGAAGAAUAAAAAGCUUAAGGAAGUUAAAGAACAGUAUCCUAAUAUGACGGAAAACGAGAUUGUCGAUAAACUAGUCGCAUAUUGUUCGAGCCAAGCACAUACUGCGGUUGAACGCGCUGGACGUAUGGGAGGAGUAAAAUUAAGACAGUUGGAAGUCGAUGAAAAAUAUCAGCUGCGCGGCGACACGUUUGCCGAAGCAAUCAGAAAGGAUAUAGAAGAAGGAUUUAUACCAUUUUACAUUGUCGCUACUUUGGGGACGACUGCUAGUUGCGCUUUUGAUCGUCUCGAUGAAAUUGGUAUUAUAGCGAAUCGCGAAGACGUUUGGAUGCAUGUGGAUGCUGCUUAUGCAGGAUCUGCUUUUAUUUGUCCGGAAUUCAGAUAUUUAAUGAAAGGUAUUGAAACGGUAAAUUCAUUCAAUUUCAACCCUCAUAAAUGGAUGUUAGUUAAUUUCGACUGCUCUGUCCUGUGGCUUAAGAAUCCGACAUAUUUUACAAACGCUUUCCAUGUGGAAGCUGAGUUUCUAAAGCACGAGAUGCAGGGUUUGGUGACAGAUUACAGGCAUUGGCAGAUUCCACUUACACGUAGAUUCAGAUCUCUGAAAUUAUGGUUCGUGAUGAGGCUUUACGGGAUCGAGAAUCUUCAAAAGUACAUUAGAUCGCACGUCGCUCAAGCACACGAGUUCGAAGCAUUAGUUCUGUCCGAUCCUCGCUUUGAAAUCAUAGGCCAAGUUCUCAUGGGAUUGGUUUGCUUCCGAUUGAAGGGAUCCAAUGAACUCAAUAAAGCCUUGCUAAAGAAAAUCAACGAUGCAGGAAACAUCUAUCUCAUUCCAGCGAAAAUAAAAUGCACAUACUUCUUGCGAUUCGCCGUCUGUUCUGAAUUCAGCGAGAGCAAGGAUAUAGAGUAUUCAUGGAAAGAGAUCAAGCUGAGAGCCAACGAGAUCCUUGAAGAGUAAUCGAUUUCGAAGUAAUGGCGCGCUUAGAUAGCUCGCGGUUGCGCAUCAUUUGCGCGUACCACUUGCAAUCAGUUCUAGUUUUGCGUAUUUUCUUAUACCUAUCGGUAUUGAGGGUUAAUAAUAAAAUAGGCUAAAAUAGUAAAGGAUUAAGGACAGUCGGACAA